UGACAGCAGUUUUCAAUUUUCAACUGGAAAAAUGGCGAUUGGAAUCGAUUCGUCAAAAUGGAAACCUAGAAAACUAGCUGGAACUCCGGCUGCUAAAGCUGUAAACAUUCUUGGUGCAUGUGUAUUAAGUUUUGGACUUUUGUGUGGUGUAUUUUAUCAAUAUUCUAGUGCCACAAGCAAAUUAAGGCAAGCCCUAAAUCGCUUCUAUUCUGACCCAAUAGAAGAAGUUGAAAGAAAGCUUUUAAUCGCAACAGGAUUACCUAAUAGGACAGGCGACACUAUUAGAAAAUUGUUAAAAGAAGAAGCUAGAACGGAUUUGCCAGACAAAUAAUAUGAAUAUAGAUAAUAAUAGUAGGUGGGGAUAGUAAAUUGUUGUAAAAUAAUGUGUAAAUAAAUCAUUUAGUUACUAAAAAUUG